AGAGGAAGUCACAUGACCACUGCACUUCCUGUUUACAAUCGUCGGCUACUUUAGUUUAUAUGUAGUCCAUAUGAUUCACCAUACUGUCGUGUUUUAACACGAUAAACAUGGUACAACGUUUGUGUUUCGUGUUGCUGCUGUGCGGCGCGGCUCCUCUUGCGGCGGCCCCCGCUGGGAGCAGCUACCUCUCGGCCGCCACAGGCAGGUUCUGGCACAUCACGGACCUCCACCUGGACCCCACCUACCACCUGGCCCCGGACCCCACCAAGGUUUGCUACUCCUCCAAAGGAGCCCCCGCCACUCACGCCGGCCUGUUCGGGGACUUCCUGUGUGACUCUCCGUACCGCCUCAUCCAGUCAGCCUUCGCUCACAUGGCGCCGCUCACACAACCACAGGACUUCAUCAUAUGGACCGGUGACAGUCCACCUCACGUCCCCGCGGGUGAGCUCUCUACGGACACCGUGAUCCAGGUGAUCAGUAACAUGACCCAGACCAUCAGACAACACUUCCCGAACCUGACAGUCUAUCCUGCUCUGGGUAACCAUGACUACUGGCCACAGGACCAGAUGCCGAGCUCCACUAACGCCAUCUACAAAGCUGCUGCCCAGCUGUGGAAACCCUGGCUGCAGACCGAAGCUCUGCUCACACUCUCACAAGGUGGUUUCUACUCCCAGCUGGUAAAGCCUGGUUUGCGGGUGCUUAGUCUCAACACUAUCCUCUACUACGGCCCCAAUAAAGUCACAAGAAACGUGACGGACCCUGCUGGACAGUUUGAGUGGCUGGAGAAAACUCUGGAGAAAGCUGCUCAGAGUCUGGAGAAGGUGUACAUCAUAGCUCAUGUGCCAGUGGGGUACCUGCCCUAUGCCAGAAACACCACUGCUGUAAGAGAGAGCCACAACGAGCGGCUGGUCGCCAUCUUCAGGGAGUUCAGUCAUGUCAUCGCGGGACACUUCUAUGGCCACACCCACCGUGACAGCAUCAUGGUGCUGUUGGACCAACAGGGUAAACCAGUGAAUUCUCUUUUCGUGUCACCGGCUGUCACACCAAUCAAACAUGUUUUGGAGCCCUACUCUAACAACCCGGCUUUCCGCAUGUACUUGUACAACACCAAGGACUACGCACUGCUGGAUAUCUGGCAGUACUAUUUGAAUCUGACGGAAGCCAACGAGAAACAAAGAUCUGACUGGAGGCUUGAAUAUAUCAUGACCGAGGCUUUUGGACUGACUGACCUGCAGCCACAAAGCUUGCUCCAGCUGGGCCUGAGCUUCAGGCUGCCGCAGACCAAAGCCUUCGACAUGUAUUUCAGCCACUUCAUGGUCAGCUACAACAGCAGCAUCACCUGCGAAGGCGACUGUAAGCUCAGCCAGGUGUGUGCUGUGCUCUGCCUGGACCGACUGUCCUACUCCAAAUGUGUCGCAAAGGCAGAAUGGUAGCAGGGAUAGGGACCAAAAAUGAGGGAUUUGUCUCAGGAGUCACAUUUAGUAUAUGAUGUUUAGAAUCAUUUUUAUUUUUUGACUCUGCUUGAGUUAUGAAAAGGGGAAUUACAUGCAUUCAUUCUGCUGCUCCCAAAUCUACCUUUUUGCUUUUACGAUUUUAACUUCAACUUGUAUAUUACUUUCUGGUAUUGAAAGUUAUCCGCAUGCAGUCCAGAUUACAAAUUGCACAAUUUCACAGCGAAUCAGUAAUUUCUAGAGAUGGUCUGAUACCAUUUUUUGCUUACCGAUUCCAAUACCUGAACUUGCGUAUAGGCCGAUACCGAGUACUGAUCCGAUACCAGUGUGUCAUAUAUUUUCUUAUGUUUUAACAGCUGUAUACUACCAUCCCUGUAUGGAUGUGAUAUGAUUUCUGUCUUUGCUGUACGGACUGGCUGGACUGGAACAAACACAAGCAAUGAAUGCCACAUAACCGUCUUUUUUUCCAGUUUGACAGUCAGUCGUAACGGAAAAAGAACAUACAUAAACUACUUCAAAGU